AUGGACGGAGACGGGGACCCAGAGAGCAUGGGCCAGCCCGAGGAGGCGAGCUCGGAGGAGCCGCAGGAGGAGGGGUGCGUGGUUGCCCCGGAGGCGGAGGCGAGCGGCGGGGAGGAGGAGGAGGCCGCGUACCUGGACGAGCUGCCGGAGCCGCUGCUGCUGCGCGUGCUGGCCGAGCUGCCGGCCGCCGAGCUGGUGCAGGCCUGCCGCCUGGUGUGCCUGCGCUGGAAGGAGCUGGUGGAUGGCGCCCCCCUGUGGCUGCUCAAGUGCCAGCAGGAGGGGCUGGUGCCCGAGGGCGGCUCGGAGGACGAGCGCGACCACUGGCAGCAGUUCUACUUCCUGAGCAAGAGGCGGCGCAACCUGCUGCGGAACCCGUGCGGGGAAGAGGACCUGGAGGGCUGGUGCGACGUGGAGCACGGCGGGGACGGCUGGAGGGUGGAGGAGCUGCCCGGGGACUGCGGCGCGGAGUUCGCCCACGACGGGAGCGUCAGGAAGUUCUUCGCCUCCUCCUUCGAGUGGUGUCGCAAAGCGCAGGUCAUUGACCUGCAGGCUGAGGGCUACUGGGAGGAGCUGCUGGACACCACUCAGCCGGCCAUUGUGGUCAAGGACUGGUACUCGGGGCGCAGCGACGCCGGCUGCCUGUACGAGCUCACGGUGAAGCUGCUGUCGGAGCACGAGGACGUGCUGGCCGAGUUCAGCACCGGGCAGGUGGCCGUGCCGCAGGACGGCGAGGACGGGGGCUGGACCGAGAUCUCCCACACUUUCACCGACUACGGGCCCGGCGUUCGCUUCGUCCGAUUCGAGCACGCGGGACAGGAUUCCGUCUACUGGAAGGGCUGGUUCGGGGCCCGGGUGACCAACAGCAGCGUGUGGGUGGAGCCCCCUGAGUGA